AUGACUUACGUCGCCGCAUUACGCGAUGACGUGGGCCGCGAGACCGACGCGUACCAGAACACACCGACAGCGGCGGAUCGUGGCGAGCCACAGAAAGACGACGUUGCGCUGGAUCGCCUGCAGCAGUCACAGGACGCCCUCUCUUCGGUUCCGCUUGCAGCCCCUUCAGAUAAGGCACUUGGAGACGUCGAUAAUACGACGGCGCACGAUUCCGACGCCCCCCACGAACAGCUGGAGACCAUACUGACCUCUGAUUCCGAGGCUCGGCCACGUAAACAGCGAUCACCAAAACGCCGGAAGAAGCGCCGCCUCACGGUGGGGAACGACCAAUCUUAUCUAGCAGACAAUUCUGAGAAGUUUACGGGUACAGACCAGACGACCAUGGAUACAGAAGAACUGCCUAGCGUGGAUGCAACGGUGGCUAGCGGGACGGCGGCACGAUCUACCGCUGACGAUGCUCCAGACACAGCGAAGGAGCUCGAUAGACGGCAACGAGCUACUGAGGAGGCUACGGCGCCUGCACCGCAUGACAACGAUGGAACACUAGGGGACUGGUCAGAAGAGCCACCCCCGUGGGGAACAGAUGAUGCCGGAGGAACUGCUCCCACGCACUCUCCCUGUUGCUCGGCACCGUGUCCACGAGCAGUAGCAGUUACAGUGUACUGCCCUCACUUGCCGGUGCUGCGUUCAUCCGAAACGCAAGACGCGCAGUCUGCCGCCUUAUCUGCGGCACCUGAUAGUCCGCCGCCGGCGAUAGCAGGCCACGUGUCGAGGUCACGCUCGGCCGCCGCCGUCAGCUGCCCGCUGGCCCACUCGUCACCUUCGGCGACCCCUGGGCCGCCUCCCAGCGGUAGCAACGACAGCUCGGUUGAUCAACAGCGGGAGGCACCCACGCGCCCUCCGAGCUCACAGAUCACGCACGAAGUAAAAGCUGAUGGACGGUUGAGCUGCGCGGGCGUAUCACAUCGGCGAUAA